GAGUAAUAAUUUCACCUGCUGACGUUAUCGUAAUUACGUGUGUCCUUUCGAAACAUGUAAUGAAUAUAUGGAAAAGAUUUGAAUCGUAAAACACAGUCGCAGGUGGCAAGAAACAAACUGAGAGAUCAAGCUCGGCUAAGCGGAGAAACGAAGAAAUUAUUCAUUCAAUUGGACAUCACGUUUCUGAAGUCUGUGUACAGUUUCAUUUGAAUUAUGUUUCUUGGCAUUUUGUAUUUCUCUGGAGUAUUAGCAAUCCUCACGCAACUUAUUAUAGCUCAAUACAUAAGUUUGAAAGGUUCUUUCGACGAUGGCUAUAGUGGAGUAUUUGUUUACGGCAACUGUUUUCCAUUUUUAAACCACAAACUUAAUUCAACACCGUUCGAAUCCCGUGCCGUAGUUGCUACAGAGGAUUGUAUAGAGGCAUGCACCGUCAGUCAUCGAUGCCGCUCGAUAAAUCUCAAAGCUGUUCCUGAAAAAGAUAAGAAAUUUAUAUGCCAACUCCUGGAAUCAGACAAGUUCAACUCGACUGAUUUGUUCGCUGCAAGUUUGGAUUUUCAUCACUACAGCUUCGUGGCCCCUUGUGAGCGCAAUCCAUGUAAGAACGGCGGGACCUGCGUACCAGAUCACCAGAAGAACGAAUAUAAGUGCGCAUGCGUCAGAAGCACAAAGGGAAGCCAUUGCGAUAAGUUUUACCAGAGUUGUGCCGAGCUGCGCGAUGUUGGAGUGACUGAAAGUGGGAUAUACAUGAUUCAAGAUCAACAUAGUGACAGCGGGUUUUACGUUUAUUGUGAUCAAGAACACAUCGAGGGAGGAUGGACCAUGGUAUUCAAAGCGGUGUCUGGUGUAGGAUCUGAUGUUUAUCAAUUGUGGUCCGCCUCAAACGGUUUAUUCGAAGAGAAAAUUGAAGUCCUGAACGUAAACUCGUCGUUCAGAAAUCAUUACAAGAACCGCCUGGUGAACAGAUGGCAAACUGUUGCUCCUAAGGAGGCUCGCGUAGCUCUUUACAAAGAUGGAAGUGAACUGUUCUCCAUUGUCUUUAACGCCUCAAACAGCAACAAUGAAAACUGGUUUACAAAAAAUAGAGUCAUUUCUUCACCAUGGACUGACUUGAAGAGCAAUCUGCCUACUUACUUUUCUAUUCCUGGGGCCGAUGGACGACGAUUUUAUGUCCAUGGGCCCCACCCUGGGUGUAAUGGAGACUAUGGAUGGCUCUCUAUUACCCAGCACCACUGCACAUACGAGACAAGCCUCCCGAACACAUCUUUCAUAUACAGCAGACUUCAAACCAAAACCAACUGGAAUUUUCAGGAAAAUGUUGGCGUCGCAGAUGUCUUAGUGGUGUAUAUUCGCUGAGGCGUGACGACUAUUGGCCUAUCUGACAGAAACGGGAGGUGUGCCUUAACUUUGAGAUAAGCUUCCGCUGGUAGCAAAUACUGACAAAGAUAAAAAUCCGUUUCUAAUGAAGGAGGAAUCCUAAAGGGCUGAAUUUCAUGAUAACCAAAAAGUUGUUUGAGAAACAUUUGCGCUGAAGCUACGUAACAAGACUAUCAAUGCCAUAUAAUUGAUAAAUGCAAAUGAGCUUGUACAAAAAGGCUGAAAUAAACUUUUUGAUUUUAUUUGUCGUAAAUUAUACGAAUGUGAGAUAUUGUCUCCACAUGGUAAAUUAUAUUUGGAGAUUUACCGAUCGAUGGGUUUUUAUUUCCAUUCAAACAUCUACUUUAGGGAUAAAAAGAGAAUGAAUUAACAUUUGAGAAAAUACCAAUAACUCAUGCGUCAUU